GCUUUUGAAGAAACUCACUUAACCUCUCUUGAUCCAAUUGCUCAGUUCAGUGCUUGGUUCCAGGAAGUUUUAGAAUGCCCAGCCAUAGUAGAACCAAAUGCCAUGUGUCUGGCCACUGCAACAAGGGAUGGGAAACCCUCUACCCGUAUGGUUCUCCUGAAAGGGUUUGGCUCGGAUGGGUUCCGAUUCUACACUAACCGGGAAAGCAGAAAAGGGAAAGAGCUGGAGGCCAAUCCAUUUGCUUCUCUCCUGUUUUUCUGGGAGCCUUUCAAUCGUCAGGUCCGAAUAGAGGGGUCAGUUGAAAAGACUUCAGAUGAAGAAUCUGACAAGUACUUUCACUCCCGUCCAAAAGGUAGCCAGAUUGGUGCUGCUGUUAGCAAUCAGAGUCAAGUUAUCCCAGACCGAGAGUACCUUCGUAAGAAAAAUGCUGAACUUGAGGAGGAGUACAAGGACAAGGAGGUUCCCAGGCCACCUGAAUGGGGAGGGUACAUCAUCCGUCCUUCUGUCAUUGAGUUCUGGCAGGGACAAACCAAUCGCCUGCAUGAUCGCAUUGUAUUUCGACAAAAAGAAGGAGAAGAGACAAGCCCCUGGACACACCCUGCAGAGGGUGGGUGGGUGUAUGAACGCCUUGCUCCAUAA